UAAGGAAAGGAAACGAAUAAUAACAAAAACCUACAACGCGCAAACGCGCCGGAAUUUCGUGUUUUCCUUCCCCUUCUGUCCUUCCGCUUUGCACGUUCUCCACACUCGUCUCCUCUAUCUCCUCUCUUAACCUAAACGCCGCGUUUUUCAGAUCUCCCCUAUGCCAUGAGCCUCCGGCAGCGGCCUUCUGCGGCCCAGCCGCGGCCACCACCGGCGGAAUCGGAGCCGUACAACAUCAUCCCCAUCCACAACCUGCUGGCGGACCACCCGUCCCUGCGGUUCCCUGAGGUCCGCGCAGUGACGAGCGCGCUCCGGGCGGUGGGGGACCUGAGAAAGCCGCCCCACGGGCAAUGGGCGCCCCACAUGGACCUCCUGGACUGGCUGGCCCUCUUCUUCGGCUUCCAAAUUGACAACGUCCGGAACCAGCGGGAGCACCUGGUGCUCCACCUGGCCAACGCCCAGAUGCGCCUCUCGCCUCCCCCUGACAACAUCGACGUCCUCGACUCCACCGUUUUGCGCCGCUUCCGCAAGAAGCUUCUUCGCAACUACAACGCCUGGUGCUCCUACCUAGGCAAGAAGUCCAACAUCUGGAUCUCCGAUCGCCGGGAGGCCUCCUCCGCCGCCGACCACCGCCGCGAGCUCCUCUACGUCUCGCUCUACCUCCUCAUCUGGGGCGAGGCCGCCAAUCUCCGCUUCGUUCCCGAGUGCAUCUGCUUUAUAUUCCACAACAUGGCCAUGGAGCUCAACAAGAUCCUCGAGGACUACAUCGAUGAGAACACCGGUCGGCCGGUCGUGCCCUCGUUGUCCGGCGAGAACGCGUUCUUGAACUGCGUGGUUAAACCCAUCUACGAGACGAUCCGGGCCGAGGUUGACAGCAGCAAGAACGGCACUGCGCCGCAUCGUGUGUGGCGCAAUUAUGAUGACAUAAACGAGUACUUUUGGAGUAAACGGUGCUUUCAAAAGCUCAAAUGGCCGCUCGAUUUGUCGAGUAAUUUCUUUGUGAUGAGUGGUAGUGGGAGGCGUGUGGGGAAAACUGGGUUUGUGGAGCAGAGGUCGUUUUGGAACUUGUUCAGGAGCUUCGACAGGCUGUGGGUGAUGCUGGCGUUGUUUUUGCAGGCGGCGAUCAUCAUCGCCUGGGAACAGAAGGACAAUCCAUGGCAGGCAUUGAGGAGUAGGGACGUGCAAGUCAAGGUUUUGACAGUAUUCUUCACGUGGAGCGGAUUGCGGUUCGUGAAGUCCUUGUUGGACGCUGGGAUGCAGUACAGUUUGGUAUCCAGAGAGACGCUGGGGCUCGGGGUGAGGAUGGUGAUGAAGAGCGUGGUUGCGGCCGUGUGGCUCUUGAUUUUCGGGGUGUUCUAUGGACGGAUAUGGUCUCAGAAAAACCACGAUCGGCGGUGGUCCGCCGAGGCGAAUCGGAGGGUGGUGACUUUUUUAGAGGUCGUCUUGGUUUUCGUCUUGCCGGAGAUUUUGGCGAUUGCCCUGUUUAUUAUUCCGUGGAUUAGGAAUUUCAUCGAGGAGUCCAAUUGGAGGGUGUUCUAUAUUUUGUCGUGGUGGUUUCAGAGCCGGACUUUUGUGGGUCGUGGGUUGAGGGAAGGUCUGGUGGAUAACAUAAAGUACACUCUGUUCUGGAUUCUGGUGCUUGCCACCAAGUUUUGUUUCAGCUAUUUUCUGCAGGUCAAGCCCAUGAUCGCCCCAUCAAAAGCGCUGUGGAAUCUGCAGGACGUGCACUAUGAAUGGUAUCAGGUUUUCAAACGCAGCAACAGAUUAGCGGUUGGGCUUCUGUGGCUUCCUGUUGUUCUGAUUUAUCUCAUGGACAUUCAGAUUUGGUAUUCAAUCUAUUCCUCUUUUGUUGGGGCAGCCGUGGGGUUAUUUCAGCACUUGGGUGAGAUUCGGAAUAUUGAACAAUUGAGGCUGAGGUUCCAGUUCUUUGCAAGUGCUAUUCAGUUCAAUCUCAUGCCGGAGGAGCAGCUGUUGAAUGCAAGGGGGAUGAGGAACAGGUUUAAGGAUGCCAUCCACCGAUUGAAGCUGCGAUAUGGGCUUGGUCGGCCCUACAGGAAGCUUGAAUCAAACCAGGUUGAGGCUAAUAAGUUUGCUCUCAUAUGGAAUGAGAUCAUUUCGAUUUUCAGGGAAGAAGAUAUAAUCUCUGACACUGAGCUUGAGCUGUUGGAGCUGCCGCAGAACUCGUGGAAUGUCAGGGUCAUCCGCUGGCCUACUUUCCUUCUCUGUAAUGAGCUGCUGCUUGCGCUCAGUCAGGCGAAGGAGUUGGUGGAUGCUCCUGACAAGUGGCUCUGGUAUAAGAUAUGCAAGAAUGAGUACAGGCGGUGCGCUGUGAUGGAAGCUUAUGAUUGUAUCAAGCACUUGCUGCUUGAGGUUAUCAAACGCAACACCGAAGAGCAUUCCAUUAUGACCGUCUUUUUUCAAGAGAUCGAUCACUCUAUUGAGAUUGAGAGGUUCACUAAAACUUUCAACAUGACGGUACUUCCCCAGCUCCACACCCAGUUGAUCAAAUUUGUUCAGCUGUUGAACAAACCUAAGAAAGAUCCUACGCAGGUGGUAAACGCUCUGCAGGCCAUUUAUGAGAUUGCCAAAAGGGAUUUUUUCAAGGAGAAGAGGACCGUUGAACAGCUGAGGGAGGAUGGUCUGGCUCUUCGCAAUCCAGCUUCUGCUCAGGGUCUGCUUUUUGAGAAUGCUGUCAGCUUACCUGAUGCGGAGAACGAGGCCUUUUAUCGGCAGGUUAGGCGGCUGCACACGAUUCUUACCUCUCGGGACUCGAUGCAUAAUAUCCCGGUAAAUCUUGAGGCAAGACGCCGGAUUGCCUUCUUUAGUAAUUCCCUUUUCAUGAACAUGCCCCACGCCCCCCAAGUUGAGAAAAUGAUGGCUUUCAGUGUUCUGACUCCUUACUACACUGAAGAAGUAGUGUAUAGCAAAGAGCAACUUAGAACAGAGAAUGAAGAUGGGGUUUCGACCCUGUACUAUUUGCAGACAAUUUAUGCUGAUGAGUGGAAAAAUUUUGUGGAGAGGAUGCGGCGAGAAGGGAUGGUGAAAGAGGAAGAAUUAUGGACAACCAAGCUGAGAGAUCUCAGGCUUUGGGCCUCGUACAGAGGCCAGACACUUUCCCGGACUGUAAGGGGAAUGAUGUAUUACUAUCGGGCUCUUAGGAUGCUGGCGUUUCUGGAUUCUGCAUCGGAGAUGGACAUCCGGGAAGGAUCACGGGAACUCGGAUCGAUGAGACGAGAUAGCUUGGAUGGUUACAACUCGGAAAGGUCAGCUUCUGUGAGGAGUUUGAGUAGAACAAGCAGUGCAGUGAACUUGUUAUUCAAAGGACACGAGUAUGGGACUGCUUUGAUGAAGUACACAUACGUGGUUGCCUGCCAGAUAUAUGGGACUCAAAAGGCAAAAAAAGAUCCUAAUGCGGACGAAAUCUUGUAUCUAAUGAAAAACAAUGAGACCCUUCGAGUGGCCUAUGUUGAUGAGGUUUCUACAGGGAGGGACGAGAAGGAGUACUUCUCUGUCCUUGUGAAGUACGAUCACGAGUUGGAGAAGGAAGUGGAAAUCUACAGGAUAAAGUUGCCUGGUCCCUUAAAGCUUGGAGAGGGUAAACCUGAGAAUCAAAAUCAUGCAAUCAUCUUCACCCGUGGUGAUGCUGUUCAGACUAUUGAUAUGAACCAAGACAACUAUUUUGAAGAGGCACUCAAAAUGCGUAAUCUGUUGGAAGAAUUCAGGCGCUAUUAUGGUAUCAGGAAGCCUACUAUCUUGGGAGUUAGGGAGCACAUUUUUACUGGUUCUGUUUCAUCGCUUGCUUGGUUUAUGUCGGCUCAGGAAACAAGUUUUGUGACCUUAGGACAGCGGGUUUUAGCAAACCCCUUGAAGGUUCGAAUGCAUUACGGCCAUCCAGAUGUUUUUGACAGGUUUUGGUUCAUGACUCGUGGUGGCAUCAGUAAAGCUUCUAGAGUGAUUAACAUCAGUGAGGACAUUUUUGCUGGCUUUAAUUGCACAUUGCGAGGAGGCAAUGUCACCCACCAUGAAUACAUCCAAGUUGGCAAAGGAAGGGAUGUUGGGUUGAAUCAAGUAUCCAUGUUUGAGGCCAAGGUUUCUAGUGGAAAUGGUGAGCAAGUUCUCAGCAGAGAUGUAUACAGGUUGGGUCAUAGGCUGGACUUCUUCCGGAUGCUGUCAUUCUUUUACACUACUGUGGGAUUCUUUUUCAACACAAUGGUGGUUAUUCUGACUGUAUAUGCAUUUCUGUGGGGUCGACUCUAUCUGGCUCUUAGUGGCGUUGAGGCUGCUGCCAACACAAAAAGCAAUGCAGCGCUCGGUACAAUCUUGAAUCAGCAGUUCAUCAUCCAGCUUGGUCUGUUCACUGCUCUUCCCAUGAUAGUGGAGAACUCUCUUGAGCUUGGGUUCCUUCCAGCUAUCUGGGAUUUCUUGACAAUGCAGCUCCAGCUUUCAUCUGUUUUCUACACAUUCUCUAUGGGAACUCGUGCUCACUACUUUGGCCGGACUAUUCUUCAUGGCGGCGCAAAAUAUCGAGCUACUGGGCGUGGUUUUGUCGUGCAGCACAAGAGUUUUGCAGAGAAUUAUAGACUCUUUGCUCGUAGCCACUUUGUGAAGGCGAUUGAACUUGGUCUGAUACUGAUAGUUUACGCAACGCACAGUCCUAUAGCCGCUGACACAUUUGUUUACAUAGCCAUGACCAUCACAAGUUGGUUCCUGGUUAUGUCAUGGAUUAUGGCUCCCUUCGUGUUCAAUCCUUCCGGGUUCGAUUGGUUGAAGACUGUUUAUGAUUUUGAUGACUUCAUGAACUGGAUUUGGUUCCGUGGCAGUGUGUUUGCAAAAUCUGAACAGAGCUGGGAAAGAUGGUGGUACGAGGAGCAGGAUCAUCUAAGGACGACUGGUAUUUGGGGAAAGGUACUGGAAAUAAUCUUGGACCUCCGAUUCUUCUUUUUUCAGUAUGGGAUAGUAUACCAGCUAAACAUUGCUGCUGGGAGUACCAGUAUAGCUGUUUACUUGUUGUCUUGGAUCUAUGUGUUUGUGGCGUUUGGUAUAUAUGUGGUAAUAGCAUAUGCUCGGGUUAAAUAUGCUGCAAGGGAACACAUCUACUAUCGUCUGGUCCAGUUUCUCGUGAUUAUACUUGCAAUACUUGUGAUACUUGCCCUGCUGGAAUUCACGGAUUUUACGUUUGUUGAUAUUUUCACUAGUCUGUUGGCAUUCAUCCCCACCGGUUGGGGACUGUUAUUGAUUGCCCAAGUAUUUCGGCCUUUGCUGCAGUCCACUAUACUUUGGGAGCUUGUUAUUUCUCUGGCUCGAAUGUAUGAUGUAAUGUUUGGAGUCAUUGUUAUGGUUCCUGUGGCUCUACUGUCAUGGUUGCCUGGGUUUCAGUCAAUGCAGACGAGGAUCCUCUUCAACGAAGCAUUUAGCAGGGGCCUCCGCAUUUUCCAGAUUGUUACAGGGAAAAAAUCUAAGGGUGACGCAUGAUUUGAGGUCUGAUGUCAGUGUGAGUUGUAGAGAAACGAUAGAAGUUGAGAAGCUUGAUUUCUUUUUUGCUUUGUGGAGGUUCUUGUGUGUAUUCCAGAAAGGGCUUCCAUUAUAUUUCAUUUCAAUUUCAGCCAGAGGCAGAGAGGACAAUAUUAUUUCAUUCUUCAUCACAGGGUUCAUCUUCCCUUUACUAGUGUAAUUAGUAAUUAGUUUUGUUUUUCUCAUUUUCAAAGUAAUAUUUGGUUACUUGUGCUUAACCCUUCCCAUUUUCCCACAAUUCCCCAUGUUUUUGAAAGGUAUAGCUCUUGGCAUAGUUUGUUUACCGAGUGUAGAGCAUAGGGUUUUAGUUUGCUGAGAUUGUUAGAAUAUUUGCUAUUCUUUUGUCAGAAAUUGAGCAAGCAAUGUUUACUCAUUCUUCAUCUGUGAUA